GACGAACAGUGAUAUUGUCAACGGAAGAUGGUCAGAGUGUGACAGCAGCCAAAAUAAACGUGUUGUCUCUCCGACAUUCCCGUGAUGAUAGCAAUGUAGAUACAAUGUAUAUAUAUUAAAAUCUCUAACAGCUUACUGUAUGCACUGUUGGGACGAUUAGGCGUGUAAGCAGAAAGACAUGAGAUUUAAGACUGCAUGUUAGGAAGUGUUUCUUACUAAAUAGUGCUAAACUAUAUAUAGACUGUAGAAGCAUUCUGUGACGGACCGUUUCUCUGACAGGAUGGAUAGCUUUUCCGACGACAACUCGUGUGUGGACGGCUACCCCGGGGACAGAAGGGCGGUGUCCCCCUCCAAAGCCCUACUAUCGUCCAAAGCAACCGCCUUUUCCAUAGCGGCACUGAUGGGACGGGAGGAGGAAGAGGAGGAUAACAGGCCCCUCACCCCAACAGACACUUCCCCUGAGGACAGGCCUGAGGACAGGCCUGAGGACUGCGGGGAGACCCAGAUCGCACCCCUAGAAAAAUUAGUGGAGACUGCAACGUCCGUGUCGCCUGUGCCGAAAUAUACCCCCACCCCAUCCGUGGAGGAGAAAAUAAAAUCUGAACCGAGCACGGACACCGACGAGGUCAGCACCACCACCACUUCACCCGCGUGCAGCAAGGAAAUGGCGGGAAUUCAGUGUUGUCUGGAAACGAAGGACCUGUGGGACAAAUUUCACGAACUCGGCACUGAGAUGAUCAUCACAAAGACUGGACG